GAGAAACACAGCAUUUGUUCAUCUAUGAAACUGAACUUUGGUAGGCGAAGUAAGAAAGAGGAACACGAUUCCUAAAUCUGAAACUCUUCUCAAAAUCGAUUCAUUUGCGAAUCUUUUUGCGUUGGAAUUUGGCGUCAAUUACAACUCAAGCUUAAUUGAGGGCAGCUGGCAACUCAUUUUUAUUAGAAGAUCCGGAACAACAUCACCCAUUUAGGAAUUUGGUAAUACGCCGCUUGCGCUAUUUGUGAAGUCACCGUGAGAGUGAAGUUGUUGAGUAUAUAGAUAUUAGGGUGUGUUAUUUGCUGUUUAACCCUGCUGCUAUUUAUAAUCCGAGAAGAAAAAUUAAAGAGAUUAAUGGGUAAUCCAGAGUUGCCAAAGAAAAGAGUAGCCUUUGUGUUGAUUGAUGGGUUGGGUGAUGUGUCGCUGCCAAGGUUGGGAUACAAGACGCCUCUUCAGGCAGCAAAACUUCCCAAUUUAGAUGGGAUAGCAUCUGCUGGGGUUAAUGGAUUGAUGGACCCUGUAGAAGUUGGCUUAGCUUGUGGAAGUGAUACUGCUCAUCUUUCACUAUUGGGUUAUGAUCCUCGAGUUUAUUAUCGUGGUCGAGGGGCAUUUGAAUCCAUGGGGGCUGGAUUGGCCAUGUCGCCUGGUGAUAUUGCUUUUAAGUCAAAUUUUGCAACUCUUGAUGAGAAAACUGGAGUUGUCACUAGUAGGAGAGCUGACAGGCACUUUGAAGAAGAAGGCCCCAUACUAUGUGCUGCCCUUGAUGGAAUGAAGCUUCCAUCUUUCCCUCAAUACGAAGUCAGAGUCAGGUAUGCUACAGAACAUAGAUGUGGAGUGGUUGUUAAAGGACCAAAUUUGAGUGGAAAUAUAUCUGGGACAGACCCGUUAAAGGAUAACCGCUUACUUUUGAAAGCAGAAGCUUUAGAUGAAUCUCAUGAAGCAAGGAACACUGCGGAUGUAGUUAAUGAGCUGUCCAAGGAAAUAACGAAAAUUUUGGUUUCUCAUCCUGUCAAUGCUCAACGUGCUGCAGAAGGGAAGAAUAUUGCAAAUGUCGUCCUUUUGAGAGGAUGUGGCAUUCGAAUUGAGGUCACGCCAUUUGCAGAUAAACACGGUUUGAGGCCAUGCAUGGUAGCUCCAACAAAAAUAAUUGCUGGUCUAGGCUUAUCACUUGGUAUUGAUAUCCUAGAAGCUCCUGGAGCAACUGGAGACUAUCGAACUCUACUAACUUCGAAAGCAACAGCAAUAGCUAAGGCGCUCUCGGCUCCUUCGCAGUCUUGCCCACGAGUUUUUGUACCUGGACAGGAUGAGCAUAAAGCAGGCCCCUCAGAUGGCUAUGACUUUGGAUUCCUUCAUAUUAAGGCAAUAGACGAUGCAGGCCAUGACAAAGCAAGUAUUCUCAAAGUCAAAGCAUUAGAAGCGGUUGAUACUGCAAUCGGGCAGUUGGCAAGAUUACUUUGGGAAGCAGAAUCAACCAGAAAGUUUCAGUUUUUCCUUUGUGUCACAGGAGACCAUUCUACGCCAGUAGAAUAUGGUGAUCAUAGCUUUGAACCAGUUCCGUUUUCUAUUUGUCGGUUAAAGGACUUUGUAGGUGCAAUUGGCGAAUCCGUUAUUCGUAAAACUUCUCUCGAUCCAUUUCCUCUUCCAAGUGUUAAGUCUGGCGAAGACUUGGCUUAUGAUUUGGAAAGUGAAGAUAGAGGAGGUAAACGCUCUCAAUCUUAUAGCGGCGACUCAGUAUAUGAAUUAAACGAAAUCGCAGCUGCAAGGGGAUGUUUGGGGCGUUUCCCCGGAGGAGAAAUGAUGGGAAUUAUAAAGAAUUUCCUUAACCUAGAUGCAAAAGCUUUUCCAAAUUAAAGCUUUUUCUGUUUUGUUCUGAAAGCAAGUGAUAUGGGUGCAAGAGAAAAAAUUAAUCAAAUUUUGAGCUUUUCUACUAUUGCAAGUCUUUUCUACAAAUAAACAAUGUAAACUCAGCUUAAAUAAAUCUAACACUGUUACUAUUUAUUUUA